UAGGCUGAGUAGUGCUUCGCAGACAGACACAUGGUCGAGGGUGGACAUGGGGGUGUGGUGGUGGUGGUGGUGAUGCAAGGGUGUGUUAUUCGAAAUCUAUGCGAGUGCUCCGGGAGCUAUUCAAGAAGCCGCUGAUGCUGCUAUCCAAUUCCAUAUCCAAUCCACACCUAUAUCCAUACGCAUAUCCAAAUGCAAAGUCGCUUUCUCUUUUCGCUGGCAGGGCUUCCUUCUCCCGUCCCCCACCUGCGGCGUUGAUCCCCUGCGUCACCAUGGCCUCGAGGUAGAUUUCCCGACCCAGCGCGAGUGGAAGAAGCUAGUCACCA